AUCAGCCACUUACUGAAGAGUGUGGGCCCGCUUGAAUGACACGCUGUCGUUGUCAGCGCUCCUCCCUCUCUCCUGCAGGAUGGAAAAAACCUAUCUGUUGCAGGCCGGACUGCCAGUAGCGACGGCCGCCGGCUGCCAGUGAAUGUGACGAGAGGCUGCUCGCUGUGUGUGUGUGUGUGUGUUGCACUCGUGUGCAGACACUCCUGCUCACUAUAUAAUGUCACUUUAGUCCCGCUCGGCACACACCAUGGCUACCAAAGAAGAAAUGUACAGUAAAGUUAUACCGAGAAAGAAUCGCCAGAACCGCCCUAUGACCGUCAAACAUGGGUCAACUCUCGAGGUCUUUUUAUCAAUGGGAUUCCCGAAAGGCAGGGCACUAAAGGCGCUAGCAUCUACUGGAGGGAAGAGUGUCCAGGCCGCAUGUGAUUGGUUGUUUUCACAUGUGGAUGACCCCUUCCUGGAUGACCCUCUUCCUCGAGAAUACGUCCUGUAUCUGCGACCCACGGGGCCCCUGGCCAACAAGCUCUUUGAGUUCUGGCACCAGUCGCGACAGCUGUGUGGCAAAAACAAGGCCCACAACAUCUUCCCACACAUCACCCUCUGCCAGUUCUUCAUGUGCGAGGACGGAAAAGUGGAGGGUCUGUGUGAAGCCUUGCAGAACACGGUGAGCCGGUGGAAGGAGACCUUCCCGCUCCCCCUCUCCCUGGAGCUGUACACCUCGUCCAACUUCAUUGGUCUCUUUGUGGAGGAGGAGAGCGCAGAAAUCAUCAAGAAAUUUGCUGCAGAUUUUGCAUCGGAGGCCACGAGUAAAGCAGAUGUACGAGUGGAGCCUCACAAGAAGCAGCUCCACGUCACGCUAGCCUAUCACUUCCAGCCCAAUCACCUGACUGCGCUGGAGAAGCUGGCUCGUGGCGUGGACCUGAAGCUGGGCUGUGACUGGGUGGCUGCUCUUUAUUCCCGUGACAUCCGGUUCGCUAAUCACGAGACUCUGCGAGUGAUGUACCCGUACACGCCACAGAACGACGAUGAGCUGGAACUGGUGCAAGGAGACUUUAUAUUCAUGUCGCCCAUCGAGCAGAGCAGCACGAGCGAGGGCUGGAUCUACGGCACCUCACUGGCCUCAGGCUGCUCUGGCCUGCUCCCAGAAAACUACAUCGCCAAAGCAGACGAAUGCGAUACGUGGGUCUUCCACGGAUCCAACUCAUUCCUGACUGCGCCUGCUUCUGCUGGUGCCAGCUUAUAUGACGGAGGUCUUCGGAGGAGAAACCAGGAGGAGCAGGGACCUGGUGAGGCUUUGUCCCUGCCCUCCAAUGUCAUCUGCCAACCAAUGCUGAUGUUGGCGAAGAACUGCCGGUCCAGUCUGGUCAAACGGGAUCUGUACAUUUGUCGGCAUGGGGAGAGGAUGGAUGUGGUUUUUGGGAAGCACUGGAUCUCUCAAUGCUUCGACUCAAAAGGUAAUUACAUACGGUCCAAUUUGAACAUGCCCCCAAGUUUGCCACAAAGAAGUGGUGGUUACAAGGACUAUGAGAAGGAUGCUCCCAUCACCGUGUUCGGCUGCACCCAGGCCAGGCUUGUCGGUGAGGCUCUGCUGGAGAGUAAAUCCAUCAUUGACUAUGUUUACUGUUCACCCUCGUUACGCUGUGUACAGACUGCAUUCAACAUACUAAGAGGACUUCAACAGGAGAACCAGAUAAAGCUUCGGGUGGAGCCCGGACUUUUUGAGUGGACCAAGUGGGUCUCGGGGAACACUUUACCAGCGUGGAUGACAGCGGAAGAACAUGCGGCAGCAAACCUGGGGACUGAUAUAACCUACAAACCUCAUAUACCAGCAAACAAACUUGGGAUUUCGGAACCCUAUGAGACGUACAUUAGCAGGAGCUGCCAGGUGAUGAGGGAAAUCCUGGCUGAAUGUAAACUUAAAGGUAACAAUAUUCUGAUUGUAGCACACGCCUCCUCACUAGAAGCAUGCACUCGGCAACUACAGGGGCUCUCCGCACGCAACUCCAAGGACUUUGUGCAAGUGGUUCGAAAGAUUCCAUAUUUGGGAUUUUGUGCCUGCGAGGAGCUGGAAGACGCGGGGAUAUGGCAGCUGGUCGAUCCGCCCAUCCUACCACUCACCCAUGGGCCCAAUCAUAGUUUUAGCUGGAGGGAUAUCUUGUUCCAAGACUAAUGAAGAGAUCCACCAUCACUGGAAGAUAGAGCCAUUACUAGCAUGUGCUUCCACUUACUUCACCUCCUUUCCCCUUUCCUCCAUACUUUGUAUGAGCAAGUUCAUUUCACUACCCUG